UCUCUCUCUCAUGAUCUCUCGGUUCCUGCAGUCUCGGCGCCAUUCGGCUGCUACUCGGGACCCAAACCCACAGAACUGCUGGAAAUGGACUGAACUAAUACAGAUAUGUGCAAAGGGGGGAGAUCGCUAUGGCUGGGAAUACAGCAGGGUAUUGGGGUUUCAUGAGGAGAAGUGGAGUAAACAUCAGCAUAAGACUCAGAGACAAGAAGGUUUAACCACACAUUCCACAAUACAGGUAUGAAAAUCCACAUGGAAGAUGUGAAGAUGCGGUUGAAUUUACUGUUUCUUCUUAGUGUUCUCUUCACAUUCGGAGCAGAAGGUGAUAUUGUUGGACAGAAUGGUUUUCCCCCUCAUCGUGCUAUAAAGGGCUCGGAUUCUGUUAUUCCCUGUACAUCGGAUGUGAAUGGGCCCCCAGUGCAGACCAUAAUCUGGUAUUUCCAGCACAAGGAGAUUCUGCGCUAUGAUGGGGAGAUAAGGGCUGUGGAUCCAAGGUAUUCCUUAAGCACAAACAGAGCCAGAGAUGGAACGGCUUCCCUAGUCAUCUCCAACAUAACCAUAACCGAUGGCGGCACCUACACAUGUUCCCUGUUGUACGGCCAAGGGAAGGAAGACAUGGAAGUUACAGUAGAUAUUCAAGCAAUUCCAGAGAUCACCGUCACUAAUAAUAUUGUAGUGAGGAAUCAGGAGAGCGUCCUGCGCUGCUCAGUCACUGGGUUCUACCCAUUGGGUGUGAGAAUUAAAUGGCUGAGGGAAGGAGUCUUGCUGCAUAGGAUUAAUGUUGGAACUAAACAGAGGAACCCAGAUGGCACUUACAAUGUAAACACCACUGCCACCAUCCUACCCACUGAGGAGGACCAAGAUCAGACCUUCUCGUGCAGUGUCCAAUAUGGAUCUCAUGAUACGUUCCAGAAGGACUUUCAGCUCAUUUAUGGAGUCCCCCCCUCCAUUCAGAUUAGCUCCCAACCCUUCCGGCUAAAUGAAGAACAGACACUGGUUUGCCGAGUGUGGGGAUUCUACCCUGAGUCAGUUGUGGUCAGUUGGUUUCUGGAUGGGACUCCUAUGGAAGCCUCAAGGAUUGAGAGGAUGAGUAGUUCUGUUGUGUCUUUCUACCAGUUCGCCCCAACAGUUCAGCUCUGGGGAACAGAGAUCUCCUGUGCAGUGGAACAUGGGACCCUGGCAAGUCCUCUUGUGGAGAAGGUGCUGGUGAAGGAACCAGAUUUAAAGGUAAAGCACCGCAUGGUAGUUCGGAUUGUCACGGUUAUUACAUUGGCUGCAGCUGUAGCUCUCGUAUGUUACUGUAACUGGAAGAAAAGGGGCACCAAAGAGCCCAUUUGCCCAACACCAGACAAAAAGACUACUUUUCAAGGGGUAAUUAGAAAAUUAGAAAUGACUCGUUACAACAUUUCCAAGCUGACUCUGAAGGACGUUCUUAAAAUUGGGCCUGACAGUGUACAAAAGAUUGAGAAUAAGACCAUAAAAGAUGCACCUUGGUAUUUUCUAAUGAAUCUCAUGUGUCUCAACCCUGAGGCAAGAACCACGUGCAUGAGCAAUCCAAGCAUUGGCGCGGAAUAUGCCCGUGAAGACAAUUCUGAAAGAAACAACAACAGUAUGUGUGACCCAAUCCAUCCACUAGAUGUUCUUUAUGUUCUCCUACAUUGUUCUGAGCCCUGUUUACAGCAGGAAAUGAUGUCAAAAAUGUCCCUUUGCCAGUUUGCUGUCCCCCUACUUCUCCCUGCUGCUGAUGGCCAUGGCUGCACCUUCAUGCUCUGGGCAAUGAGAGACAUUGUGAAGAGAUGGAAAAAUUCCCCAUCAACAUACAAUAAAAGCUUUCAAGAAGCAACGUUGACAGACAUUUCCAUGCCCAUGUUCUCUUUUAUGAGACUUGGGAAAUGCAGUUUUUCCAAGUCUGAUGUUGCAAACAAGGUUCUCAGUCAAGCUUCCCUGGAACAAGAGUUCUUUCUGCACAGAGAUAUGGAAGCCGGCUACAUUCCACGGAAAAUCUCAGAUGGGCUGGUGGAAAUAGCUUGGCAUUUUCCCGGAAGCAAAGAGAAAUCAAGUGUUUUCCAAAAUCCAUUUGCAGUUACCAAUAUGAGAGGAGAUUUGGAAUUAAGCAAAGACCAGUUCAGAUUUUUAUGCCGGAUAUCGUCAGUAGUGUUUAUAUUUACAGAGAGAUUCGAUGACAGAGAGUAUAACAUCUUAGCCGAGAGUGAAACUGCAAAUCAAAACUGUUCUAUUAACAUUGUGCUCAUUUCUGAUUCUACAAGUGAAGAUACAAACAUUUGCAAAGAUUUGUUAGAAAAGAUGAGAUGUCGGAUUUGGAAGGUGAGCAGAAAGUACAACAACGCAUAUCUGGCAAAAGAACUAAAAAAAUUCAUUGGGACGCUCGCUCAAAAUGGCCAAAACUCCAUGAACCUGGAGAACAUAUCACUUGAAGCCAAUCACUUUGGAUUCCACAUAGAUGAGAAAAUAGAUGAACUUCAAAGAUUGAAAACAUUUGCUCAACACAUUACUGGUAAUAUAGAGAACAUUGUACAAUGUAAGGAAGAAGCCAUGAGAAGGGAUGGACCUUCCGAUGGAGAUAGUGCCCAAACAGAGGGGGAAAUGGGCAGCAUUACCCCUGGGGCCGAGUAUGGAAAGAACGAGGUAAAGUCUGACAGAAAGAGCUUUGAUAUUUCACAGACGCAAAGUCCAGAUCAUUUUGCAGAUGAGAAUUUCCUCUGUUUAACUCAGACAAGGAAGUGGUUUCUCCUAAAGUCCAUAAAACUGUAUUUUCAGUCUUUUGCUAUAAAGAGUCGGCAGCAACUUUGUGGAAUAAAUAUAAAGAAAUGUGGCUGCUUCAACCAAACGGAUAAGUGUAAACUGCAUGAUUCAUUUAGAGACUUUGAUAACAGACUAUUAUUGUUUAAUGAAUCUAGAGAUUAUCAAGUCAAUAACCAUAAUAGACAAACGCAAUCAGACAAUUGUGAGCAAGUUUGCUAUGUCUGUUUGCUGACCAUUCUGAGACCGUUCCUGGGGACCCAGUCUAAUCCUGCCUCAGGCUGGAGCAAGUAUUGCUGCUGCAUAUGGAGAUAUAUUGAUGUGAAUGAUUUUGUAGCAAAUGGCAAUGAAGAAACGUUCAGCAAACUCCCAGAAAUUGCAGCUGAUCUUCUGCUGGAUGGGUUCCCCUUGAAGUUGAUAAAUGAUGACUCCAGCAUUCCUCUAGAAUGGGUAUCGAGCAUUUUUACUGAGCUGGAUAAAAAAACAGGAGGGAAAUGCAGAAUGAGAGUAAUCUCAGUGCUGGGAGCGCAGCGCUCGGGGAAAGCCACCCUCCUGAACACCAUGUUUGGGCUGCAGUUCCCCAUGGCCAGAGGAAGAUGCACACGAGGAGCCUUCAUGACGCUGAUUAAUGUGAAAGAGAACUUCCAGAAGGAGCUGAAAUGUGAUUUUAUUUUGUUGAUAGAUACAGACUUCAUUGGUAGCCCUGAACCAAGCCAAGAAUCUAAUGCCCUGGCAACUCUAGUGGUUGGGGUGAGUGAUGUGACCAUUGUCAACGUGGGCAUGGAGAAUAGAGAUGAGAUGGAGAUAAACUUACAGAGUGUCAUUCGUGCAUUGUAUAGUGCAAAAAAGGAAAGAAAGAAACUCAGUUGCCUGUUUGUCCAUCAAGGUGACAUACAGACGUAUGAAGACCAUAAUCAGGAGAAUUUGUUGGAUCAGCUGAAUAAUAUGACCAAAAAUAUAGCAAAAAAUGAAAAAAUCCAAGUUACACAGUUUUCAGAUAUCAUAGAAUCCAAUGUCGAAAUACCUUCUCAUUACAUUCCCAAUUUGUUAGAAAGUGCCACAUCCAUGGCGCCGGUUAAUGCAGAAUACAGCCAAUGCGUACAUAAACUAAAGGAACAUUUAAUUUCCCAUAUUAAAGAUAUGGAUGGACGAGCACAAAGUAUACAUGAGUUUAGUGACUCGUUAAAACAUCUUGGGAAGACUGUUAAAUGACAAAAUUAAAUUUAAAGCUGCAAAGUAAAAAUUAUUUUCAACAUUUCAUUCAGCUGAAUGGAAAUUCCAGUAAAUAACUUCUGGCUUAUGGGCCCAGUUGUUCACAUUAAAGGGAUACUGUCAUG